AUGCCACCUUUACAGUCGUACAAGUACAUUCCUCUUCCUUUGCGCAAGCCUGAGGUUAAUGCUGCCCCAUGGAGGAAGCUUGCUGGUUUUGAAGGUGUCCAUGACAGCGACGCUUCCUUGCUGAAGGAUUGCCGUAACCGAGCAGCAGCACAGGAGCGCACUGCCGGCUUGAAGAGACCAUCUGAGACCGACAGUGGGAGUUUUUCCUCAAAGUCAAAGCAGCGGCGGCUGUCUUCCUUUUCAUCAUCCAAGGCAGCUUCCAAUGCAUCUGGACCAAGUGCCCGUUCUUCCAGGCAGCCAGAGCCCUCUCCAGCUGCCGCUGCGGCUGGCACACAAAAUGGCCAGAACCAGCCGUCAGGAGACGAUCAAAAGAAUGCCACGGUCCCACAUGAAGAGGCUGGAGAUGGUGCUUCUGGGGACCCUUCAGCACCCCCUCCUGCAGAAGAUGAGCCAUCAAGCACAUCCAAACGUGGGCGCUGUGGAAAGGGCAAGACUUUGACUAUCAAGCAAAAGCUCGACUUGCUUCAGAAGCUACAGGACUUGAAGGACAGCGGUGAACACAAGCAUCCAGAGAAGGUCAUGGUGGCCAAGCAUGGGAAAGAUGGAUACUUUCAAGGGGCUGGUUCCAAGUCAAAGUGGCCUGCAGCCUGCGAAAAGUAUCAAUGGAAGCUAGUGGCCGAGCUUUGCCCCAAGGUCGCGGAGACCUGUGAUGAAACCCCAAACUGGCUGAGAGAACGUCUUGAGAUUCAAAUACGUAAAGGCAACGGAUCCUACAAAGUUGCUGAUGGCGUCUACGAUGUUGUGGACUCUGUCUUGUCCGAAGUGGUGAGAGCAGGCGUGGAACUCAACACCGCUUCUGUGGAGGAGGUUCUGAAGGAUGCUUUGGCAGUUUACAACAACGAGGUGACUACGUGGAGGGGGGCCAGAGAAAAGUCCGAUCUGGCAGCUCUGGAUCAGCUUGCCUCCUCUGGUGCUUCACAGGAGGAAAUAGCAAAGGUCGCUGCUGAGCAGAUUCGGGCCAAACAGUCUUGGCCAUUGGAAUGCAAAAUUGGUGAGACACAGCGCAGCUUGAACCAGCUUGCACUGGACUUUUGCAAAAAAAAUGGAUAUGCCAACUAUGCCCAGGACAAACCUCAAAAGCACCUUCCUCGGGAUCAUCCAUCAGUGAAAAAAGUGACGGAGUUCAUAAAGCUCACCAUUGUGGUGAGACAGGCAAUGCAAGAGCGAUUUGGUCAGGAGGUGCAAACUCCAGUGUUCCAGGUCAAGAAGAAGUGGACGGUUAAGCUCGCCGAUGUGU